AUGACCCAGCCACGCGCAUCCACAUCGCGGUUCUCGCUCGACGACUGGGACCUGCUCGCUCCUCUGUCGCACAACGAGCUCGCAUCCGUGUCACGCAUCUCGCACGCCGCUGCAGUCAAGCCCGUACCCGUCCACCUUCGAGCCGCCGCCGACGAGUCGAACGACCGCCCGUCGACGCCGGCUGGCCCCAUUCGCCCGUCGAGAACGGUCGCAGGCGCACUCGACAGCCCGUCGUCCCGUCCUGGAUCCGCCCGAGGUCGCGACCGCCGCGGCAAGACGCCCGCCCUUCAAGCCGCCGACCAGGACCCGCUCCGGCCGGCGCAGGCCAUCGCGACGACGCAGCAGUUCCACGACUGGUUCUCGUCGGUCGAGGCGUCGCUCGAGCGCGAGCAGGAGCAGGUCUACGUCGAGCACCUCGGCGAGCUCGUCGCGCACCUCGCCACGUGCGACUCGGUCCUCGGCUCGCUCGACGAGGCGCGCGGCCUGUUGAGCGAGAUGGAGGCCAACUACCGGUUCGUCGACGAGAACUCGCGCAGCCUGCAGCUCGCGUGCGAGCACAUGCUCGACGAGCAGCGCCACCUCCUCGAGGUGACCGAGGCCAUCGGCGCCCGCCUCGAGUACUUCCGCGAGCUCGAGAAGGCGACGCGCAUGCUCAACCUCCCUGGCGAGGAGCUCGUCCUCCAGGACGACUUUCUCAACCUCCUCGACCGCCUCGACGCGUGCCUCGACUACCUCAAGCUCAACCGCGACUUUCGUGACGCCGAGAUCUACUUGAUCCGGUACCAGCAGUGCCUGACGCGGUCCAUGACGCUCAUCAAGAUGUACUUUGUCUCGACCGUCCGCAAGCUCGCCGCCGACGUCCAGGACAAGGUGCAGGGCAAGGACCUGUCGGACGCGGCGUUCGACGCGCUCCUGUACGCCAAGUUCUCGCAGCCGGCGCCGACCCUGCGCAUCCUCCUGUACGAGCUCGAGAAGCGGGCCCUGACCGACCCGGACGAGUACGGGUCGCUCCUGAGCGAGUGCUACGCCGUGUGGUUCGCCGCUCGAGGUGCCCUCCUCGGCCCGCGCCUGAACGAGGAGGUGCGGCGCAUGGACCCGGUCACGGCCGAGCUCGUCAAGCUCGCCAAGGCCGGGUGCGCGUACCUGCGCGGCGUGUGCGCUCAAGAGUGGACCCUGUUCCGCGAGUUUUUCGGCGGCGGCGAGGACGAGGCUUACCGGUUCCUCGAGUCGUUGUGCGACAGCCUGUAUGACUCGCUGCGGCCGCGCAUCCUGCACGAGCCGCGCCUCGACGCCCUGUGCGAGCUGUGCGCCGUCCUGUACGCGCUCAUGGCGCUCGACACGGCGUCGCCCUCGACGGCAGCCGACGCCGACGACGACGACGAGGGCGGGCGCAACGACUUGCGCUUUGCCGUCCUCCUCCAGACGAUCCUCCAGGACGCCCAGACGCGCCUCGUCUUUCGGGCGCAAGCCGUCGUCCAGAGCGAGGUCCUCCACUUUGCGCCGUCGCCGGCCGACCUCGACUACCCAGCCAUCAUCGUGCGCUCGCCCGGGCUCAAGGCGCUGUGGGAGGAGCCGGUCGCAGUCGGGCAGAGUGCGGGCGAGGACGGGGCCAAGCGGUUCCGGGCCCCGAGCGAGGCGGCGCAGGCGACGUGGUACCCGACCCUCAAGCGCACCGUCUGGGUCCUGUCUCGCCUCAACGCCUACGUCAACGACGCCAUCUUCGAGGACUUUGCCGGCGAGGCCGUCGCCCUGUGCCGCAAGUCGCUCGUCGACGCCUCGGCCCAGAUUGCCGCACAGCCUCCUGUCGCCGAGGGCCAGACGGCGCAGGACAAGGAGGCCGACGGCACGCUGUUCCUCGUGCGGCACUUGCUCCUCCUCAAGGAGAUGGUGCGCAGCGUCGACCUCGUCCACAUCGAGCGUGCGGCCGACUUUUCGAGCGUCACCGAAGCUCUCGGCGGCCUUCUCACCGGCGGCAACCUGUUCAACCCUCGCGCACUCGUCGAGCUCGCAUCAAGGAGCAUGCCGUCGUGGGCCGAGACGAUGACCGACGCCAAGCUCGAUCUCGACGUCGCUCUCAAGCGCGCCUGCGAGUCGCUCAUUCGGUCGUCGUCGACGGCGCUCACGUCAACGCUGCGCUCGUUCCUCGACCAGUGUACGGCCUUCCUCUCGUCGCCGUCGCCGCUCGCCCGAGGUGGACUCGUCGAGCAAGAGUGGGCGUCGCCCGAGCGGGUCCUCGAGCUGCACUCGGCGUUCAGGGACGGGCUCGAGGAGCGGGCGACGAGCGUUGUGCGGCGCAUGAGGGUGUUUCUCGUCGAGGAAAAGACGGUCGGCGUCUUGCUCCCGCCGCUCUGGGAGGACCUCCUCGAGACGUACUCGACCUUCUACAACCUUGUCCGUUCCGAGUACGGGUUCGCGACGAGCUCGUCGUUGAGUGCGCCGGACGAGGUGCGAGCGGUGGUCGAGCGCGCCGGGCGCGGCGUAUGA